GGGCUAGUCAGCGCUAGUCUCCCAGACUAAGUCGGUGCCCAUCUCCAGGAACAUAAAAAGGGGCAAAAUUCCCCUGCCAUGCUCGCAUUCUCCUCGCGGGGGAGCGGUGUGCUGAAAUGUUUCUUCCUUGCGGAUCAAACGCGUUUGCUUGGGUAGUCAUUGGCCUACUUUUGCUCUUCCGCACGGCAGCCACCAGUGAGAUCAACAGCAGUGCAGGUUUCUGCGACUACUCCAACAUCAAUGAGCCGAUCGGAAUCGAUCUAGGUUAUCAGUUGAUCGGCGCGUCCUACGCGAAUUCGACAAACACUUUCACUCCCUUGGCUCUAGUGAGGGAUGAUGAAUACGUCUCCGUGAUCGUCCAAUUAGCCAGUGAGCACUUUGAUCGGGCGAAUCUCAAAAAGCUCUAUGGUGACCGCGAUGGGAGCCUUUAUGGCCAGCUCAAGGUGAUAAUCGCAGAAUUUGCCGUGAAGCUCACGGCGCGAAUCCCAUACAUCGACCAUCCCUACGUAGACUUGGUAACCAGCACAGCGCGCCAGAUAUACAGUAGCGUCUCCAGGCAAAUCGGACAGCUCGUAAAUACAGUCCUCCGCUGGCGCUUACAAGAGGAUUCAGCCCCGCUCACCCUCGCCGAAGUCGAAGAAACAUUCACACGCGUCUUCGAUGACCUCAUAGCCUCCACGCUCACGGACACAGGCACAAAACUCACCUUUGCCGUCAUCGCCAUCCCAGACUUCUUCAACGAGACCCUCGCGACCACUGUCCUCGAAGCCUCCCGCAAGGCCGGCAUCGAGACAGUCGCCCGUGCCAUCCCGCGCACGCUCCUCGCGCACUUUGAAAACCCCACGAUCCCCGAGGGAGACUCCGUCCUCGUCCUCGAUCAGGGAAUUCAUCACUGCGUGGUCCGCGCUUUUUCCGAGGGAGGCGGCCGUGCAGGCAGUGGCAGUGGUCGGAGAAAACGAUCUUGGGCCCAAAUUGCGAAGCAAAAGAAAAGGAAGAAUGCUGCUCAAAAAAGGGCCACUCUGCGCGACGGCGGUCUCCCGCUCGACCCAUGGCGAAGCCAAGUUCUGCACCAGCGGCUUCUGGCGGCGGUGAAGCGGGUGAAUCCGAAGCUCGAGACCCAGCUUGAGAUUGGGGCGGAUGAGAACAUCCUCAUGGCCAUGGUGGUGCGGGCACGGAUGCUGCUUAAGAAGCAGGACCUGCGGGUUGUGUCCAUGGGGACCGAGUCGCGGUCCGCGGACUUUUAUACCACGAUUGAACAUGACGAUGAUUAUCCUGAACAAGAUGGGUAUCUCGAUGAGGUACCGCUGCAUUUGGAUGAUUGGUGGGUUGAUGGGAAGGAUCCAGGCGUUAAGCUUACGAGGGAGAUGGUUCUGCGCACGGAUGAGGACUAUGUCAAAUCGUUGGGGAAUACAAUUGCUAUGUUCGUGCGUGCUAUGCAGGACGAUUCAGAUGAUCCAGCCACUGAACAGCCAACGUUCGACCAAGUCGUUAUCCUCACCGAGUGGAUAGAUGGAGAUCUGAUCCGUCGCGCGGUUAGGAAAGCGAUGGGAAAUGACGUGCCAAUUAUUGGCGGGUCAUUAAGGGACAUUACAAUGGUUGCCGACGGGGCAGCGAGGAUGGCGUUGAUACGACGGCAAAACCUGCUCAGACUGCGCGGGGAGGAGUCUGGUUUUGCGCAUGAUGAGUUGUAAUUGGGAAUUUAGUAUAUCUAGGUCGCAUAGAUCUCAGGCAACGAAUCAUCCAAGCUUGAAGUUUAGGAUUCUAGUCCUCUGAUCAACCCCGCAUUCUAUUUUAUUCCGCGUGUUUAGAGGGG